UAUUAAUGUUCAGUUCUGAGUACCCUUACAGCUCGUAAACUGCUAUAUUAAGCAACAGCCCCUAGCAUACCUAUAUCAGGGAGUGUCUAUUGUGGAUUUGACCCUACAGCACACUCAUUGCAUUUGGGCAACUUUGUUUCGAUCCUCAAUUUGGCAAGGCUUGCUUAAAUAGGCUUCAAACCAAUAGCAAUUGUAGGAGGAGCAACUGUAUAAUUGGGGGACCCAAGUUUUAAGAUGGAAGAACGAAAGGAGCCAGAUUUGGUUGUGAUCUAAGAGAAUUUAUAGAAAAUAAGGAAUUAAUUAGAAAGUGUGUAUGGGAAUAUUGCAAAUCAUGGAAAGAUAGGGCAACCCCUAUAAAUAUUAGAUAAUAUGGAUUUUUAUAGAGAGACAAAGUUAAUUGAUUUUGUUUCUAAAGUAGGAAGAUAAUUUAGAAUGAAUAGUCUAUUAAAUAAAGAUCAUAUAAAUAAGAGAUUAAAUAGUGGUGAUGAUGGUUUAUCUUUGACUGAGUUCUUUUAUACAAUUUUAUAAAGUUAUGACUUUGCAUAUUUGAAUGAGAAAUAUAAUUGUACCUUGCAAAUAGGAGGAAGUGAUUAAUGGGGUAAUAUUACAAAUGGUUGUGAUUUCGUAAAGAAACAAUAUAAGAAGUAAGUGUAUGGGAUAACUACUCCUUUAUUAAUUGAUAAGAAUGGAUAGAAAUUUGGGAAGAGUGAAGGAAAUGCAUUAUUUUUGGAUGUGAGUUCAAAACACAAUAUGAAAUAAUAUUUGUUGAAUUUAGCAGAUGAUUCAAUAAAAGAUUUCUUAUUAAUGUUAACAUUCUUAUAAGAGGAUUAAAUUAAUAGUAUUAUGGAAUAACAUAAGUAGAAUCCUGAGAAGAGGAUUGCUUAGAAAUGUUUAAACGAUGAAUUAAUGAAGAUGAUCUAUAGAGAAGAGAAUUCUGCUGAAAAAAAUUAAAUACUUUAUGGAUUAAGAAGAGAUAGAUUGUUGAAUAUGAGUGCAGCAGAAUUUGAGAAGUUAGCUGAGGAAAUAGAUAAGGAUGUAGUAAUAAGAGUAUCAAAGUAGACAGCAUUGAUAGAAGUGUUAUUGAAAAUAAGAUCAUCGAAGUCAGAGAUUAGAAGAUUAUUACAAUAAGGAGGAAUAUUAAUUAAUGAUUAAAAAGUGGAUUAGUUAGAUUAAACUUAAUUGUUGCAUAAUAAAUAUAUGUUAUUACGGAUUGGUAAAAGAGAUGUGAGAUUAUUAAUAUUUAUUUGAGUUAUAUAUAAUAUANUAGCAUACCUAUAUCAGGGAGUGUCUAUUGUGGAUUUGACCCUACAGCACACUCAUUGCAUUUGGGCAACUUUGUUUCGAUCCUCAAUUUGGCAAGGCUUGCUUAAAUAGGCUUCAAACCAAUAGCAAUUGUAGGAGGAGCAACUGUAUAAUUGGGGGACCCAAGUUUUAAGAUGGAAGAACGAAAGGAGCCAGAUUUGGUUGUGAUCUAAGAGAAUUUAUAGAAAAUAAGGAAUUAAUUAGAAAGUGUGUAUGGGAAUAUUGCAAAUCAUGGAAAGAUAGGGCAACCCCUAUAAAUAUUAGAUAAUAUGGAUUUUUAUAGAGAGACAAAGUUAAUUGAUUUUGUUUCUAAAGUAGGAAGAUAAUUUAGAAUGAAUAGUCUAUUAAAUAAAGAUCAUAUAAAUAAGAGAUUAAAUAGUGGUGAUGAUGGUUUAUCUUUGACUGAGUUCUUUUAUACAAUUUUAUAAAGUUAUGACUUUGCAUAUUUGAAUGAGAAAUAUAAUUGUACCUUGCAAAUAGGAGGAAGUGAUUAAUGGGGUAAUAUUACAAAUGGUUGUGAUUUCGUAAAGAAACAAUAUAAGAAGUAAGUGUAUGGGAUAACUACUCCUUUAUUAAUUGAUAAGAAUGGAUAGAAAUUUGGGAAGAGUGAAGGAAAUGCAUUAUUUUUGGAUGUGAGUUCAAAACACAAUAUGAAAUAAUAUUUGUUGAAUUUAGCAGAUGAUUCAAUAAAAGAUUUCUUAUUAAUGUUAACAUUCUUAUAAGAGGAUUAAAUUAAUAGUAUUAUGGAAUAACAUAAGUAGAAUCCUGAGAAGAGGAUUGCUUAGAAAUGUUUAAACGAUGAAUUAAUGAAGAUGAUCUAUAGAGAAGAGAAUUCUGCUGAAAAAAAUUAAAUACUUUAUGGAUUAAGAAGAGAUAGAUUGUUGAAUAUGAGUGCAGCAGAAUUUGAGAAGUUAGCUGAGGAAAUAGAUAAGGAUGUAGUAAUAAGAGUAUCAAAGUAGACAGCAUUGAUAGAAGUGUUAUUGAAAAUAAGAUCAUCGAAGUCAGAGAUUAGAAGAUUAUUACAAUAAGGAGGAAUAUUAAUUAAUGAUUAAAAAGUGGAUUAGUUAGAUUAAACUUAAUUGUUGCAUAAUAAAUAUAUGUUAUUACGGAUUGGUAAAAGAGAUGUGAGAUUAUUAAUAUUUAUUUGAGUU